AUGUCCGGCGCGGCAGUCCAGGCGGUGGAGCCCCGCCCAGCGGCAGCCGCGACGACCACCGCGGCGGCGUCUCCGGCCGCCACGACGGCUCAGCCCGCGGCGGCGGCAGCGAGGGGAGCGAUAGGGUGCGGCGGCCCAGCGCACGCGUUGGGGCCGGCGGCGGCGACGAUGGAGCAUGUGCUGCUGGCGCUGCGGGAGACGGAGGCGGAGCGGGAGGCGCGGAUCCGCGGCGUCUUCGGCUUCUUCGACGCGGCGGGGCGGGGCCACCUCGACCACGCGCAGAUCGUGGCCGGCCUCGUCGCGCUGCGCGUCCCCGAGGGGACGACCGGCGGCGCGGGCGCCGAGGACUACGCGCGCGCGCUGCUCCGGGCCUGCGACCGCGACCGCGACGGCCGCGUCGGCUACGACGACUUCCGGAGGUACAUGGACGACAAGGAGCUCGAGCUCUACCGCAUCUUCCAGGCCAUCGACGUCGAGCACAACGGAUGUAUCCUGCCCGAGGAGCUCUGGCACGCGCUCGUCAAGGCUGGUAUAGAAAUUGAUGAUGAAGAGCUUGCAAGAUUUGUUGAGCAUGUGGAUAAGGACAACGAUGGUAUUAUUACUUUUGAGGAAUGGAGAGAUUUUCUUUUGCUUUAUCCUCAUGAAGCAACCAUUGAAAACAUAUAUCAUCACUGGGAAAGAGUCUGCCUUGUAGAUAUUGGUGAGCAGGCCGCUAUACCGGAAGGAAUAAGUAAACAUGUAGGUGCAAGCAAAUAUCUGAUUGCAGGAGGCAUUGCUGGUGCAGCAUCUCGUACUGCAACUGCACCUCUUGAUCGCCUCAAAGUAAAUAUGCAAGUGCAAACGAACCGUACUACAGUUCUAGAUGCGGUUAAGGGGAUAUGGAGAGAAGGUGGUCUACUGGGAUUUUUUAGAGGGAAUGGACUGAAUGUGGUAAAAGUUGCUCCAGAAAGUGCUAUAAGAUUCUACACCUAUGAAAUGCUUAAAGAAUACAUAAUGAAAAGUAAAGGAGAAAAUAAGAGUGACAUUGGUACUUCUGGGCGUCUCAUGGCGGGGGGUUUGGCUGGUGCUAUCGCACAGACAGUGAUUUAUCCCAUUGAUUUGGUGAAGACUCGUCUGCAGACUUAUGAGGGAGGCAGAAUUCCUAGCCUUGGCGCACUAUCAAGGGAUAUAUGGAUACAUGAAGGUCCCCGAGCGUUCUACAGAGGCCUUGUUCCAUCAUUGCUUGGCAUGGUCCCGUAUGCUGGAAUUGAUCUUACUGUUUAUGAAACACUGAAAGAAAUGUCCAAGACAUAUGUCCUCAAGGACAAUGAUCCUGGCCCUUUGGUACAGUUGGGCUGUGGAACAGUCUCUGGAGCGCUAGGAGCCACAUGUGUAUAUCCUUUACAAGUCAUCAGAACAAGAAUGCAAGCUCAGCCAGCCAAUUCAGAGGAUCCAUAUAGAGGGAUGACUGAUUGUUUUCGGAGAACUCUGCGGCAUGAGGGAGUUUCUGGAUUUUACAAAGGGCUUGUACCAAAUCUUCUUAAAGUGGUGCCAGCUGCAAGUAUUACCUAUCUUGUUUAUGAGACAAUGAAGAAAAGUCUCUCCCUAGAUUAA